AAGAAGAAGAAGAAGAAGAAGAAGAAGAACCCAGCCAGUGUAGCCUAGGCCUAAUCAACACUAAAGCUUCAAUAGCAGCCUGCAGGGAGUGGGACUUGGACAAAUGUGUUGCAAGAAAGAAAGAAAAAAAAACUGUGGGCAUAUGCCCAGUUUACCAUGAGAAAUUUGAAAAUAUUAUGAAAUUAUUGCAGAAUAUUGAUUUAGGCCUAAUUGCUGUGGUCUGGCAUAUUAAUUUCCCACCAAGACCACAAUCAGUUGUGGACACCUGCACAGAAUAAAAUGUUAUGGAUUAUGGAUGUAAAAUCUGAUUCUAGGUCGGCAUGCUUCGUAUAACGUCAUACAUCCUAACCUUUCUGAGAGCAGAGCAGGCCCGCCAUUUCCCUGAAUGCUUCUAGUCCUUUAAACACAGCAGGAGUGUCAAUACGAAGACAGGAGACACACAGGGAUCCAGUGAGCGAGAGAUUGGGAUGAGAGAUGGGCAGAGAAUGAGUCAGCGAGAGAACCCACCAAAUCUACCGCCGCAUCUUUAUUUAUGAAAUCUAUUUGAUCAAUGGCGUCAGUUGGAUCAACAUAAGACUGAAAUAGUCAAGCUUUGGAUACGUUGUUUGAAUUUCUUUGUAUCAUUUUUCUUCCGCCUCGUCGUCCUGUCUUUUUCUUUGUUUUCCCCCUUUCUUUAUUUUAUUUUUAAAUAGGCGGUGGACAGGAGGUGUCAACCGUGGAGAUUAUAUCAUUCAAUUAAUUUGGAACUUUAUAAACAUAUUGUGAUUUUUCAAAUUCUUUGUUGCAUCAAUAAACGAAGAUGUCGGGGCAGAGCAUUACUGACAGGAUAACUGCAGCCCAGCACAGUGUAACUGGAUCUGCUGUGUCGAAAACAGUAUGCAAGGCCACCACACAUGAAAUAAUGGGCCCGAAAAAGAAACAUUUGGAUUACCUGAUCCAUUGCACCAAUGAGAUGAAUGUGAACAUUCCCCAGCUGGCUGACUCACUGUUUGAGAGGACCACCAGCACGAGCUGGGUGGUGGUCUUCAAGUCGCUCAUCGCCACACACCACCUUAUGGUCUACGGUAAUGAGCGUUUUGUGCAGUACUUGGCUUCAAGGAACACAUUAUUCAACCUCAGUAAUUUUUUGGACAAAAGUGGUUUACAAGGUCUCUCUCUCCCAGGCUACGAUAUGUCCACAUUUAUCCGGAGGUACAGUCGAUAUCUGAAUGAAAAGGCUGUGUCAUACAGACAGGUUGCCUUUGACUUCACUAAAGUAAAGCGAGGGGUGGAUGGGGUGAUGAGGACCAUGAAUACAGAGAAGCUACUGAAGACCAUCCCUAUCAUACAAAGCCAGAUGGACGCCCUCCUCGACUUCAAUGUUAAUGCCAAUGAGCUAACAAACGGAGUGAUCAAUGCAGGGUUCAUGCUCCUCUUCAAAGAUUCCAUUAGGCUUUUCGCUGCAUAUAACGAAGGCAUCAUCAACCUGCUGGAGAAGUACUUUGACAUGAAGAAAACCCAGUGUAAAGAGGGCCUGGAUAUCUACAAGAAGUUCCUGACCCGAAUGACCCGAAUCUCAGAGUUCCUUAAAGUGGCAGAGCAGGUGGGGAUUGAUCGAGGAGACAUUCCAGACCUUUCCCAGUUCACGGUUUGUGCUCCCAGUAGCCUCCUGGAAGCUCUGGAGCAGCACCUGGCCUCUCUAGAGGGGAAGAAAGUCAAAGACUCCACUGCUGCCAGCAGGGCUAGUACUCUAUCCAACGCAGUGUCCUCGCUGGCCAGUACAGGGAUGUCUUUUACUAAAGUAGACGAGCGGGAGAAGCAGGCGGCUCUGGAGGAGGAACAGGCCCGUCUCAAAGCACUGAAGGAACAGAGGCUGAAGGAGCUCUCUAAGAGGCCUUCCUUCGCCACCACAGACACGUCUCCAGUCUCCACCACCGGGGGCACUAUCAGCACAGCCCCGGCCAUCGACCUCUUCUCCACACCCAGCUGCUCCAAUGGUGCUCUGAAGAUGGAGAGUGACCUGUUUGACAUUCAGCAGACCUUUAACCCUUCAGUGCAGGCCAGUUGUACAGGGCUUCCUGUGGCCACAGCAUGGGCAGAUCCUUUCACCUCUGCUGAAGCUGGAGAUGACUCCAUGCCAAACCUUAACCCUUUCCUCUCAAAAGUCGUUGUCGAUGCAGCCACUCACUUACCUGUCGUGUCCUCCGACGGUGUUAGCUAUUCCUCUAGGACGUCUGGUCAUGAAAUGUUUGGUGAUCGUUAUAAUCCCUUUACUGACUCAAACUCGUCCGUUUCAACCAAUUACAAACGCACAGUGCGGAUAGAACACUCCAUCUCAGACUCCUUCUGUAGUGGUCCAGUGUCCAUGGCCCAGCACCUUCCACACCAGGCUCCCUACCCCACUGAGCCCUCUACUGUAGCAUGUCUAUUCAGAGGGUACUCCACAGCAUCACAGGCCCCCCCCCCAGGAGCACUCCAGGUGGAUUUCGAGUCAGUCUUUGGAGCCAAAGCUACUGGCGUUAACAACAUUGACUCUGAUGACAUCCUGAAACCCACCAUGAUCGGCUCCAAUCAGGCCCUGUGCUCCAUCAAUCAGCUGUCAGACAAACUGGUCGGAGAUGACCUGGACUCCUCCCUGGCCAACCUGGUGGGCAAUCUCGGGAUUGGAAAUGGCACAACAAAAAAUGACAUCCACUGGAGCCAGCCUGGGGAGAAGAGGCUGACUGGCGGAAGCAACUGGCAGCCCAAGGCAGCCCCAAACACCACCUGGAACCCCGUCUCCAUGACCCCCCCAGUCAUGGCCUACCCUGCCACAACACCAACAGGCAUGGUGGGGGGAUAUGGCAUGCCACCCCAACAGCUUGGCUCUAUGGGUAUGAUGAACCAACCCAACAUGAUGUACAACCAGCCCAUCAUGAGGCCGCCCAACCCCUUCGGCUCUGUUUCCAGUGCCCAGCCCUCUGCAGCCUCUAGUCCUUCCAGCCAGAGUCCUCUCAGAGCCCCCGGACAGGACCCAUUUGCACAGCUCUCUCUCAAGGAUUUCUUGUAGAGCGUCUCUUAGAUGCAGUUCAUGUAAUAUGACGUGUCUCAGAAAAUGAAGCACUUAGACUGGCAAUGAAGACAAAGCUUUGCUGCUAACUCUUCAGAGAAACGUUCACCUUCUCCCCACCCCAAAUACAGACAUGUCAAGAACACAAUGAACAGUGCAAUGACUGGAGGAAAACCAUGGAAACCAUGUCCAACUGACGAUGGGAAGAAAAUAAUUCACCACCCGUUAUUCUGUCAUUUGUCCAAGACGUCAAGUGAUGCUGCUGUUUUUUAAAAGUACCUAUAGGGGUUCCUCAUCCAUUGUAUCCUCUGCUAUGGGUGCUGAGAAACUUUGAUAUUAUGUAUUUGGAAAUACUACUGUGGUUGGGUGUAACAGCUUGGUGUUCUAAUCUAGUGUGGGAGGGGGAGGGGGGACAAGAAGAAAAAGAGGAGAGGAAUCCUUCCAUCUCUUGAUUCGAUCAUCAGUGAUCCAUUUCCUAGUUAUUUAACUGUCACUGAGUAGUGAUGCUAAUGACGUUUACACCUGUUUUAGUUUGUCUUUUUUACUGUGUUUACAGUAGACAUUCCCUGUGUGUUGUUUAUUUAUUUAUGAUAUGGUUUUAAUACUGAGGAAGAAAAUCUAUAGUGUAAUCUAUAGUACCUGUGGGAGUGCCUCAGCAUUUAACAUGGAUGUUGGAUGGUUUCAUUGGAGAGGUAGAGAAAAUAAAAUAGAUAUUAUAUAAAAUACACCUAUAAACGGAAUGAUAGAGCACUAAAUAUUCAAGUUUUGUGAUAAGAACAGUUUUACUAGGUCAAAUCUCAUGAUCUCCCCUGUGCAAGUGGAGUAGGGGGUUCCAGUAUGAGUCAGUAAUCUAUAUAGUCAAUUCUGUGCCUAGGGUUUUUUGCAAUGGAACAACUUUUCUGUCUAGUUGAAAAACACUUAAUCCAUGAUUCUGAAGCACCACACUGGGGUGGAAUCCAUUUUGCUUUAAGCUUGGCAUGCCAUUGACUCACUGACCGUUUAAUGGCUGCCUUUACUCUGAAUGUGAAAGAAUUGCUUUCAUGUUGAACAUAUCUUUCCAUGCUACCCGCACCACCUCAGCUCUGACUCCCUGGAAGCCAGACGAGAGUGUGUCGGUGUUGCAGACACUAAACAAGGGUUACAGUUUUGAUGUAAAUUAGUUGUAUAAAGAUCCAGUGGAACAGGGUGAGAGAGGGGCACUGUUGAUCGGUGCUCUGUGUAUAUAAAACUGACUGUUCAACGGAGAGGGAAGUGAAAGAUGUAUGAAAUAUGAAAGCAAUUCAAUCAAUCUGACUCUACCUACGUUUGAUUCAGGAUAUUUUCUGCGUUUGUCUUGCGUGGAUUAUAUUUUUGUUUAUGUAAUUAAAAUGUGUAGCAGACAUUGACAGGUUUUUUUUUUUUAAAUAAAGAGCAGCUUCCACAAAG